GCACCGAACAUGGCCGCUGCAGCUCCGCCGCUGCCGCAGGUGGCGCCGGCCCGCCUCCGUUGAGGAAGCCCCCCGGCGAGUGUGGACGCUCCGCUGCGGAUGUGGACGUACCUCGGCGGGUGUGGAAGCUCCCUCUCCGGCCUGGGACAGAAGAUUGAAAAUGACAGCUGAGAACAUUCCUGAGGAAGAACUGUUCUGUGACAUGGAGAUGGAAGGAUUUACACGAGAGGGUCCUCAUUUCUCCAUUCUAGGUAACAGUUGGGACUGUGAGAACCAGGAGGAACAUUUGAGGCAAUCAGCCUUAACUCAGGAGGAACCAGGAGCUCAGGAAGCAAUUCGUGAAUAUCCUGGAUUUGGGGAGCAUUUGAGCGUGAGCCCAGACCUCCCACGAUGUCAGAGAGUUUCCACAAGAAACGGUUUCCAUGUAUGUGGCUCAGGUGUUAAAAGCCUGGAUUGUGACCCAGCUUUACACAAUUGUCAGAAAAGUUAUGUAGCUAAGAGAACAGGUGACAGUGACACCUGUGGGAAAGCCUUCAACCAUUCCGUGGAAGUUAUUCAAUUUGGAAGAACUCAAACUAGAGAGAAACCCUAUAAAUACCCUGAAAGUGUUAAGUCUUUCAACCAUUUUACCCCUCUUGGUGAACAAAAAAUAAUGAAAAGAGGGAAGAAACUGUAUGAAGGUAAGGGCUUUGGGGACAUCUUUACCCUGAGUUCAUCUCUUAAUGAAAACAGGAGGAACAGCCCUGGAGAAAAACUGUACACAUGUACUGAAUGUGGCAAGUGCUUCAAACGGAACUCUUCUCUUGUUUUGCAUCACCGAACUCACACUGGAGAGAAACCUUAUACCUGUAAUGAGUGUGGAAAAUCCUUCUCCAAGAACUAUAACCUAAUUGUGCAUCAGAGAAUCCAUACAGGAGAGAAGCCCUAUAAAUGCAGUAAAUGCGGGAAAGCCUUCAGUGAUGGGUCAGCUCUGACGCAACACCAGAGAAUUCACACUGGGGAGAAACCUUACGAAUGUCGAGAAUGUGGGAAAGCCUUCAACCGAAAUUCGUCCCUGAUUCUUCAUCAAAGAACUCAUACAGGGGAAAAACCAUAUAGAUGUAAUGAGUGUGGGAAACCUUUCACCGACAUCUCCCACCUCACUGUGCAUCUCAGAAUCCACACUGGGGAGAAGCCUUAUGAAUGUAGCAAAUGCGGAAAGGCCUUCCGAGAUGGCUCAUACCUCACCCAGCAUGAGAGGACUCACACUGGAGAGAAGCCCUUUGAAUGUGUGGAAUGUGGGAAAUCCUUCAACCGUAACUCUCACCUCAUUGUGCAUCAGAAAAUCCAUUCUGGGGAGAAACCCUAUGAGUGUAAAGAAUGUGGGAAAACUUUCAUUGAGAGUGCUUACCUCAUCAGGCACCAGAGGAUUCAUACUGGUGAGAAGCCCUAUGGCUGUGAUCAGUGUCAGAAACUUUUCAGGAACAUCGCUGGUCUCAUACGUCACCAGAGGACUCAUACUGGUGAGAAGCCCUAUGAGUGUAAUCAGUGUGGUAAAGCUUUCAGGGACAGCUCCUGUCUGACCAAACACCAGAGAAUUCACACUAAGGAGACCCCGUACCAGUGUCCAGAUUGUGGAAAGUCCUUCAAGCAGAACUCUCACCUGGCAGUACAUCAGAGGCUCCACAGCAGGGAGGGUCCCAGUCAUUGUCUUCAGUGUGGGAAAACAUUCAGAAGGAGCUCUUCCCUCAUCCGACACCAGAGAUCACACCCUGGAGAACAACCCAUGGAUAUUUAAUGAAUGUGGGCCACACUCAUCUUCUGACUGGGUCUCAAAAACCUAUGUGAGGGAAAAGUGUCUUCAGUGGUGGCUCCUCCCUGUCAGUGGAAAAGACUGCUCUGAGCUGUCCAGCGAACUGGUGGAAGUGAGACAUUCCUUAGCCAUCCUGUUAAGUCUAUACAUUAGGGAACUCUUGCAGAGGAUACAGGAUGGUAAUUAAUGUGGCAAAGGCUUCAGGGAUGAUUCAGCCUGUACCAAACAUGAUAGUGCAUACACUGGAAUAAAACCUGAGAAAGUCAGGUAGAUACUUCCCUGGAGAACUCACCUACCCAUACAUCCGAGUCCUUAAACUGGAAAGAGCCUGUAUAAUUGGGAAGAGGAAUCCUUUAAGAGGGAGUGUGUGCCUUACUGUAUGUAAGCAAACUCUUACUGGAAUCCAGCGAGGGAAGCUGUCGGCAGGAGCCCUUGCUAUCUUAGCUGUGUCAGCAAAGGCAUGCUGGUGAGAAACCCCACACAGUGCUCCAGCUCACAGCAACCACAGAAUUACAACGGAUUGACAUUUGAAUGUAUUUCCACGUUACAUUCCUGCCAGGUGUUGAGGACUUGUUUCAACAGGGGCACCUGGGUGAGGAAGUCGCUUGUGAAUGAACAGUGAUGUUAUCCCUCUUAAUAUGGAGGCCAAAGCAGGUUCUCCUAAGAAGGAAAGGGCUGCUGCUGAGAAAUAUGCGUUGCUUGAGUUGUUGAGACAAACAACCAGAAAAACACUGAGUUGUUAUGUUUACGUUGUCACCCCUCAUUGUUCAUUUGGGACAUUUGUGAUUUGUUCCAUGCAACCAUGCCAAACCAUGAUGAUAAAGGUUUUGUUGCCAUAUUGAAAAUGCUUAUAAUAUGGCUGGCAACCAAGAGCAUAAAAUAGAAGAUUUGCCAUGUAAAGUGUGCACACGUAUGGAUGUAGGUUGGGAGUUGAUCAUGGAGAAAUAAACAUGGGGUCUCCUAAGUGACUGUUACUUGUGUAUGAUUUUUCCUCUAUCACAAAUCAUACAUUGUUAUAAUCAUUUGAUGAGGAAUAAAAAGGUGGAGAUAAAAAGAGGUGAGUUUGGGUUUU